AUGGAAGAAGACAAGUCCAAGCAAGCCGCGAAAAAGACAGACAUCUUUGUUCAUGGCGACGUCAGUUCUGUCGAAGCUCUGAUCAAGAUGUUAGCGAAUUUCUUUGCCUUUGUCAAAUACUGUGUCAAAGACUUUACCUUCGAUGACCCCCCGUUAAUUGUCACACUCUUGGAGGAUUUCAUGAACGCCCUCCACACACCUGCUGCCAAAGAUUGGAUCCGUUACAAUGCCGCAGUCCCACACCUCCCAUUGUGUCUCCUCCUCGAAAUGAACCAGAUCUUGCAGAUUGUUGUGGGAGCCGCCAAAAACAAAACGACUCAGAGUAAACUUCGUAAUGGCCAACCGAUCAUGGCAGACACGUUCGUGAACGCUUUCAGUGGAGUCACACAAGCCAUCAGCCACACCAAUCUCUCCAUCAGUAUGGGCAACCUUGGCCCGUACGGCACAUGCCCCAACCUGCAUGCUAUCCUCACUGGCAAACCAACCCCCGCUCCCAAACGUGAGAGCCCCAAUUCCCGUGAACGGCCUGACCCAACCAAACGCGCAAAGCACCCACCUCAAGGAACUCAUCCCGGAUACCUGACGUAUGACGGCCCAGGCCGACUUCCAAUUGCCCCUUUCAAAUGUAAACACCCCAUUACCGGCAAACAGGCAGCCUUCUGUUCCCAUUUCCUAUUUGCCAACUACCAUUGCAACCGCCCCCGCUGCCACAAUAUCCACUACACCAAACAGUUUGCAGCAACUAUGGGAUCUGCCGACACCCAGGCAUUUGAAAAAUUCAUUGAAAAAACCCCUGGGGUGACCCAUUCGGCCCCAAAGCCUCAUGGUUAG